AUUUUCUUCAGUUUAGUAAUUUAUUAAAUUUAAAAACAUAAUAGAAGUUUGAUUCUAGGAUCAAAGGAAAAGCAAUGUACCAAAAGAUUCUGAAGAACAAACCAAUAAAGAUGUUUUAUUGGAUUUCCAACAAGUUACAUUUCAAGUUCUUGGGCAAGCUUGGCCUUUACAGAAAAAAACACAAGAAACUUAUAGGAAACCUCUUUGUAUGUUGUUUUUAUCUGAGUUUGAAACUAGUACAUGGAAAGUUCAACUUUCAAUUCUCAAAGCUACUAAAACCUUUAUUUCCAGAUUGCAAUUUCCUAAAGGAAGAAUUUCAAAUUCAGAUGAAGAGCAAGAAUUAAUUUCAAUUGUUGAUGGGAUUCUUAAUAUAGGAUAUAAAACUUUAGAUAACAACUGUGGAUAUCUUUUGACAACUGAUUCAAGAAUUAAGUUAAAAGAUAUUAUGAAGUCAUCAUCAGAGGAUGGAAAUCAUCAGAUUAAAGAUAGAGCAUUUGAAUUAAUUAAAAUUCUAAAUGAAUUAAUUUAAUGUUUUCUACCAAUGUUAUUUCACAGUUUGUAAUUUAAUUUUCAAAAUGACUGUAUGGAAAAAACAGAAAAAUUUAUUUGCAUCAUUUGUCAAAUAAGGCAAAUUAACUUUAACUUAAUCUUCUUAUUAUGUAAAAUAAAUUCUGUAUUGGAAAGUUGAAAGUGCAAUACAGGAAUAUAAAUUGUUUCUGUUACUAAUUAUUUUAUGUUGAGUUGAAAAUAUUUAAUUUUACUGCAACUUUGCUCUGUCUUAUAAAAUA